UCACUCUGACCGAACCUCCAUCACUGCUUCUUGCGCCGCCCCUUUCCCCUUCACGCUCAAUUUCAUCGGGUUUUCCUUCUGCAUCACUAUCCAGCUUUACCUCUCAAUAUCAUAAUAUCCUUGCUCGUAAUGCCAACAUGUCCUUCAGAUAAUCAGCAAGCCGUGGACCAAACUGGAUUCUGGAAUCCGGAUGGAGGGAUUGAAUGGGAUGCACAUCGAAUUGGAUGGGCUAUUGCCGGUGCAUGCUCUGUAGCUACCGUUCUCAUAUCCAUGAUCUCUGUCUUUCAGCAUUGUCGGACAUACACCAAGCCAGCGGAGCAACGACAAAUUCUCCGAAUCCUCUACAUGCCCCCAAUAUACGCCGUCAUAUCCUUCUGUUCAUAUCGAUUCUUCAGAAGUUAUACAUACUAUGAUCUAGCUGAAGUCGUAUACGAGGCAUUCACGCUCAGUGCCUUCUUAAUGCUCUUGAUUGAAUUCGUGGCCGACAGUGGUUCAGGCCACAACCCCGAAAGUUCCAUCGCCCGAAAAGGGAAACGGAAUCUACCUUUUCCUUUUUGUCAUUGGCGGUAUCGACCUACCAAGCCAUAUUUCAUGUAUACUCUCAAGUGGGCUGUCCUGCAAUAUGUUAUACUUAGACCCGCCAUCUCCAUCACCGGCAUCAUCUGUCAAGCAUUCAAUGUCCUAUGCGAAUCCUCAGGCUUCAACGUCCACUACGCCAACGUCUAUCUCGAGGCCAUCGAUUUCGUCACUAUCAGUAUCGCCUUAUACGGUCUCAUCUUAUUCUACGCUCUCACCAGAGAGGAACUCGCCGGUCGACGACCCCUCGCAAAGUUCUUGGCUAUCAAGUUGAUUGUAAUGUUUACGUGGUAUCAAUCUUUCGUGUUCGACGCUCUCGAGGGCCGUGUCAUUCAUGCAACGGAGUAUUGGUCAGAGACCAACAUCGCUGAUGGGCUGAAUGCGCUCACGAUUUGUAUUGAGAUGAUAUUUUUCGCCUGUUUCAUGUGGUGGGCUUACACACCCGCUGCGUACCGUAUUGAAGGAGCGAAACCGACCAGUAUCUGGCGACCGUUAUGGGACUCAAUAAAUUUCAGUGACUUUGCCCUGGAAAUAUGGUACUCUCUCAAGUUCUUCAUCGCCUACAUCCGCGGGGUGCCCGAGACCCACAGCCGCUUUGCCAAAUCGAACGCCGGUUUUGACGAUGCCUUCGGUCUUACGACGGGUCGUCCAGUGUCCUACAACAAGCAUAGCAUGAAUAUCGGUUCCCUGAGAGGGCAAAAUGGUCGUACGAGUCCGAAUUAGAACCAUAUUAUGGGUCGGCAGGGGUACAUGGUGAAUCAAGAGUGGGACUACGUGUUGUUGAUACGUCGUCUAGCCCGACAAACG